AUGCAACCGCAAGCCUCUGCCGCUCAGAGGGCAUAUUCGCAGCGGCGCUCUCCAGGUGCUGCUGACCCUGGGCCUCCGCCUUCGGUUCGAGCCAUUUCUCCUGGCAUCCCGCCCGGCCAGGCCCAGCGACAGUCCAACGUCUCUGUCAGAUCUGCUCCGUCAAGCAGCGGCUCUAGGAGAGCAAAUCGCGAGGGUUCGUCCGGAUCGGGAAGCGGCUCCAACAUGCCAUUGUCGCAAAUCGAAAAGAGCGUCACGCACCUGCUCGUAGCCACAAAACAGCUUCUCGAAACAUUAACGCAGUGGUCGCGCGGCCAGGCAACCGAUGCGCAGGUCUCCGACGUCUACGUGCGAUUAGGCUAUGAAUUCAACAUGGCUUGCCGGGCCUUUACGGCCAUCAACGUCGACACAUCCGACCUCGGCAACGUCCCAGACUUGCUGCGGAGUAUUCUCGAGGCCUGCUUGAGCCAGGAAGCCAGUGCCGAGAGCUUGGAGAAAUAUCUGCCUAGGAUUCGAGAUAUCAUCAUCAACCUGCUCCACGGACUAAAGCGAAAACAACAGAGGCUGCGCCAGAAACAGGGACGAGAUAGGGAAUCUUCCGUGCCGGAGAGAACCACCAGCGUCAGUACGAUUGCCAGUGGGAGCAGUGGCUUGACGAAUAUGCUCGAGGAUACCUUGGAGAGCCAUCGACCAUCCUCGCAUCGGCCAGGAUCUGGUCCCCAGCCCAAUGGCGGAUCAUCGCCCACGCGGCGCUUCAACGCUGAACGAGACCAGUCUAGGGGAUCGGUUGCGUCAGAAAUGUCCUCCGUGUCUAGCACUACUAUGCAGAACAUGCCUGUAGUACCGCCUUACCCAGCGGAAGAGUCGUCCAUGCCUUCAAUGCCGUCAGUGUCGCCACCAGGAGACCUCAAUAUCGAUUCGUUUCCACCCCCGCCUCCUACACCGCCGGACAAUACCUCCAGCGCUUUAGCAGCGCUGCAAAAAGGUGGCGAUUUGGAAAGAAGAGCAUCCCGACGAUACUCUCAAUACCAGAUCUCGAAACACCUUGGAGGGUCCGUGAGCGCCGUCCCUAUGCUUCCGUCGCAAACCGGGACUUUGCCGAACAGGGGAAGGAAAGAGGCCAGAGAAUCGCUGCGCGCUGUUCAGUCACGCGAAUCCGUUCGACAUAGCCGUACCGCGUCUCAAAUCAAAAGAAGUAGUACUUAUAACAAUUCCCCUAUUCGCGUUCCCAGCCAGGUGGCAGAAGAAACUUUACCUACCCAGCCAGCUGAGAGUCCCAUCACCAGGACUCCUGAUGACAAGUACGCACCAGGCGCAACUCUCUCCGGACCUCUAAACGACUCCAACCCGUUCAUGGUCGAAUCACCGCAAUCUGAAGCCAAGAAGGAACAGAAAAUCAAGCAAAACGACACCCCGACAGCAGCGCCUCUUCCCGCAGAGUCAAAGCCAAGCGAGAACUACUUUCAGGUUUCACCCCCGCCCACACCGACCAAGGACUUGACACUCUUCCUACAAUACAAGUCAAAGGUUAAGAAGAUUGUUCUACCCGAAGGUCGCGAUGAACUGUCCAUUGGGCGCUUGCAGCUGGCUUUUAUAGAUAAGUUCUCUUGGAACACGCAGCAAAAUGGCGCCGAUUUACCCGAGAUUUACAUCCAGGACCCGGUAUCUGGCGUUCGUCAUGAGUUGGAAGACCUAAGCGAUAUCAAGGAUCGAACUGUUUUGGUACUCAACGUAGAGGCGCUGGACGAAGUCAAGCGGCACAUUGAUGAGGGCAUGUUUGCACUCACCAAGAUUGUCCGAGAGGUGAAGCAGAAUGUGGAUGACCAGGCCGUCACUCUCCAGCGGGUGUCGGAUCGCCAACAAGAAACUGCCAAGGAGAUGGCUCAGAUUGUGGAGCAAGCUCAGCAGGCCCCGGUACGAGCUGCCGAUGAACCAAAGACGCUGACUCUACUGGGAGCCGGAAAGAAGCUCGGCAGCGGCCAGAUUGGAGAAGUCCAAACCCUGCGGCGCGAUCUUGCUGUUCUCCGACAGACCUAUUCCACUUUCCAAUCCGAGAUUCAGGCUUCCAUGUCCACUAUUCGCAGCAAAGCGGCCAAUGUCAAAACAGUGGCUGCCAAGGCCGCAAUCCCCAGUAUGGAUGGGGAUAACGGAUAUGCCUACGUUACAAAUGGACGAAAACAGCUCAACGCCGACUCGGAUCGACUGGUUGCCAAGGUUGACGACCUCCAAGACUUGGUGGAAGAUUUGCGCAAGGACGUCGUGCACCGCGGCGUCCGACCACUACCUCGACAGCUUGAGGUCGUUUCCAAAGACGUUACUUCGCUUUCUAAACAGCUAAAGGCAAUGGAAGACUACAUGAACAAGGAGAAGCCGAUCUGGACCAAGAUUUGGGAGAAGGAGCUUGAGGAUGUUUGCCAGGGUCGUGAUGAGUUGCGCAUUAUGGAGGAGCUGCUUAUUGACCUGCGCGACGACUUGGAGAAGGCUUCAGAGACGUUUGCUCUCGUUGAACAAGCUACCAAGGAACAGAUGAAGGAUGCCGGUACUGGCCCCAGCGCCAGUACUGCGCGCACCUUUUCCAAGGUUGUCAACCUCGGCAAUAGCGUCAAUCAGAGUGCUGCGAAAGAAGACAUGCUAGGAGAAGUGCGAGCUUUGCAGCCAAACCACCAAGACCGUCUGGAGGCGAUUGAACGUGCUGAGAAGCUGCGACAGAAAGAAUUGAAGAGCCGUACGGAUAACCCACUUCAUCGUGAGAUUCACAACUUUGUUGCCGAGGGCAAGCUGAAGAAAUCCGGAGGUUUCGAAGAAAUUGAGCGAGCACGGUUGGCCAAGGACGAGAAGAUACGACGUGAGGUGUGGGAGCGUAUGAAUGGUCUUGUUGCUGAUGAAGAAGAAGAAGAGGAAGAGGAAGAGGAGGAGGAGGAGGAGGAGGAAGAAGAAGAAGAAGAACAGGAG